CCGGUCCCGCUACCAUCACUAGCAUAAUUUCAAAGGCAUUUGGUGUUGUGUGAAUUGAAUUUUGUUAAUUUGCAACAAAUCUCGUGCGCAAAUUGUGCGCAAAAACAAUGGUGAAAUUAACAAAAGCGCGCAGUAAGGAGCGCACACCGUCACCGAGCAAAGCCAGUGAUGAUGAUGUGCGCAAAGUAAAAUCGGCCAAGCUGGCGAAGAAGAAGAAGCAGCAGCAUACCGAAAGUCGGCAACGAAGUGAAACGCGCCAACGCAAAGCAACAGCACGCGACAGCUCCACAUCCAGCUCCGCUUCCAGCAGCAGCAACAACAGCAGCAGCAGCAGCAGUAGCAGCAACAGCAGCUCCAGCAAUAGUAGCAAUAGCAGUAGAAGUGGCGCCGGCGGCAGCAGCAGCAAAAACAAAGUCUCGGCCAGCAAGAGACUGAAAACAAGCAAAGACGAAUCACCCAAAACACAACAGAAGUCGCCGAUAGAAAGCAAGGUGCAAGAGCAGCGCUCCAAAUGGGACAGUCCCGAACGCGGUGGCGGCGGCGGCGGCGCCAGUAAAAAUACCAAACAGAUGCGCAAACGAAGUCGCAGUCGUGAAAGGGAGCGAGAUGUGGACAAGGAAAGGGAGCGGGAGCGAGAGCGCGACCGGGAGAGGGACAGGGAACGAGAGCGGCAAAGGGACAGAGAGCGGGAGCGUGACAGGGAGAGGGAACGCGAGCGGGAACGUGAUCGGGAUAGAGACCGAGAUCGUGAUCAAAUGCGGAGAGGACGCGACCGAGAUCGUGAAAGGGAACGCAGCCGGGAACGUCGCCAGCAGCAGCGGCUGCGCAGUCAGGAGCGUCGUGAUCGUCCGCGUCGCUCGCCCGAAGCAAGACGACGCAGUCGCAGCCGUAGUCGCAGUCCGCGAGAUCGCUCCUACAGAGGUGGCGGUGGAAGAGGAGGAGGUGGAGGACGUCGCCAGCAGCAGCAACAGCAGCGCAAUAAUCGCGAUGAGGAACACUUUGAGUGGGGCAAACCAAGCAACGACAAGGACAACAAAAAGUCCAAUGAUGAUGAGAACAACGACGAGCCCGUCGUCGACAAAGAGAAACCCAACUUUGGACUGAGCGGCGCCCUCACCGAGGACACCAAUAAAGUGAAUGGUAUUGUGGUGAAGUAUUCGGAGCCACCCGAGGCACGCAAACCAAAGCGACGCUGGCGCUUGUAUCCGUUCAAAGGUGAAACCGCGUUGCCCACGCUCCACAUACAUCGACAGAGUUGCUUUUUGGUUGGACGCGAUCGCAAAGUUGUCGAUCUUGCUGUGGAUCAUCCGAGUUGUUCCAAGCAGCAUGCAGCGCUUCAAUAUCGUCUGGUGCCGUUCGAACGUGACGAUGGCAGCCAGGGGAAACGUGUGCGUUUGUAUCUCAUCGAUUUGGAGUCGGCGAAUGGGACGUUUUUGAAUAACAAGAAGAUCGAUGGGCGCAAAUAUUACGAACUGAUGGAGAAGGAUGUGAUCAAGUUUGGUUUCAGUUCCCGUGAAUAUGUGCUGUUGCACGAGAACAGCAAGGAGGAUCAAGAGGAUGAUGAUGUGCAUAUCAAAGAGGAGCCAUUGGAUGAGCAGCAGCAGCCGCAAACCAACACAAACGAUGCACAGCAAUGAAAGAGAGAGAGAGAGAGAGAGAACGAGCGAGCUCUCACUCUCGCUUCCAACGCUUGACCAACAUUUAUCAGAAUAAUUAUAAUAAUACUAUGUAGUUUGUUAACUUUAAGUUCAAAAUGUAUAAUACAACACACACACACACACAAGAAGUACUUUAUAUAGCCAUAAUUGCAGCGCAACACAAUUGCUUUUGUGCGCCAAACUGCCAACAACGAAUUCAAUUUUGUAUCUUUUCUUUUUUUUUCUUGAACUUAAACGUAAGCUUAAGCAUUUUGUGAGAAACUGUUGUGUGCUUCUUUCCCUAAAUCAUUUUUAAUUUAUGCAGAGCUGUUAUGAAAAAUUAAUCAUACAAUUUGUAAACAUACUGCAAAAAUUUGUGUAAACUUUCACUGAAUUUGCUUUGCAAAUUAGUGUGAAAUUCGAAAUACGAUUUAUUUAUGUAAUUUCUUCUGAAAUUAAAUCUUAAUUUGAAUGUCAAAAGUAAUGCAACUUACUUGUUAAU